AUGGAUUCCAUCAAUCAACCCCAGCCAGCCAAAGUUAGAGUUGUUGAUGAAUGGAUGCAUUGCAUCGAUGGAUGCUUGGGGAAGAUUAAACAACAACAACAACAACAACAACAACAACACCACCAACAACGACUUAUAGAGAGUAGAUUUAAUCAAAAAUUUGCGAUGAAAUCAUUUUUUAAGAAAGCAAAGCAAGCAUACAAGAGCCAUUUCUUCCUCACACAAGAGGGGAUGGCUCCACCCGAAGACGACGAGCAUGCCAACAAGAUAAUCGACGAUAUCAACCCGAUCAAGGAGGAGGGCCCACAAGGCUUUAUAGCAUUCUGCUCGGACGAAAAUAACAACAACCCACCCAGCGGAACGACGUCGGCAGGUGCAUCCGAACAAUACAGCAGUCAUAGAAAGGACACGAUCGACGGCAGCGGCAAGGACGCCGCCAAAGACUCGUCGUCCACCAACACCUCCACCACGGCCUCGACCGCCAACACCACCACCCCUUCGACCACCAACAACAACGCCGCCGCCACAUCAUCCACCACUACCACCACCACCUCAACCACUCCCACCAAAGACCGCAAACAAACCAAGACCAAGACUUCAUUCUUUUCAUUUGGUGGUAAAAAAGAGACUGCCUCUGAAAAAAAGGCUGUCAAUAAUUCUGGAUCAUCAAACAAUAACAAUAAUAAUAACAACCAACCAUUGGCUGCAGGUGCCAACAACAACAACAAUCAUCAAAAGACUCCGCCAGUACGUGAAGAAGAAAAAGUUGAACGUGAAAUCAUAUAUAUCAAGGGUUUAGAGGAUUUACCAGAAGAUUGUUUGAAAUUAAUUAGAAUAUCGGGAUUACCAGAAGAAAAAUUAAGAGCCAAUUUACAAGUAUUGUUACAUGUCUUGCACUUUAGAACGGGCAAGAUCAUCAAGGUGGAGGGUGAGUUGCCCAAGGAACCACGUAAAAAGGUGGUUUCGGAGCGAUUCAAUGACGGUGAGACACUUAUACAACACGUCGAACCACCCCAACUCAAAAAGAUGUACAGAGAUUGCGACCAAGUCGGCAAGGGUGGUUUUGGUACGGUCUAUUUUGGCCGUUCAACCAAGGAAAAGAAGUUGGUAGCCAUCAAAAAGAUGCCCCAUCUUACCAAGCGUCAACAAGUACAAAACUACAGAGAGGCAUCGAUCCUAUCGAAAUGCGAUCACCCCAACAUUGUCAAGCUCAUCACUUGUCACGUCGACAAGGACCAAAACAUGUGGGUGGUCAUGGAGUUUAUGGAGGGUGGUACCUUUGAAGAGGCCGCCAAGGCAUGGAAAUUCAACGAAAAUAACUUGGCCUAUGUUGCUCGCGAGCUCCUAAAGGGUCUCUCGUAUUUGCACGAGAAGCAAAUGGUACAUCGUGACCUCAAGUCUGCCAACAUUAUGAUGAGUGUCGAAGGCAAGGUCAAGCUCAUCGACUUUGGUCUCUGUGAGGAUGUGGCCUCGGGUCCACCCUGCCACAUGGUUGGUUCACCCUUUUGGAUGGCACCCGAGAUGAUCCUCGGCAAGCCACACGGCACCCCCGUCGAUAUUUGGAGUUUUGCCAUCUCGCUCUUGGAAAUGGCCAAUCAACGUCCACCCAUGAUGGAGUCGGCCGUCAAGGCCAUGUUCACGGUCGCCACCGAGGGCGCCACAGGCUUUGACGAGCCCGAGUUGUGGUCCGACACUUUCAAAGACUUUUUGUCGCUCUGUCUCAAGAUUGACCCCGAGGAACGUGCCACCGCUGAGCAACUCCUCAAACACCCAUUCAUCAAAAAGGCAGACACUAGAGACAACAUGGAAAACAUUCUUAAAAAGAUUUUCCUUACAAAUUCUUUAAUGAAUUCAGAAUAUUCCAAAGAGAGUCCAAUGUUGGGGGAGCCAGAUAAUUCGUUUAAACAAGUCAUUUUCUUCUUACCCCCUUCAACACAAGUAGUCAUGACAACCACCGACUUGGAAGAUCAUCAUUCUUAA